ACAGGUUCAAAUAUUACUUGGAUUAGUUAUUUAUUUCCCUUCAUCGUGGUGGUUAUUCAUUUGAAAUGCAGAGAACUGGACCAGAGCCCUUCAAAUUCCAGCAGCAGAGAGAUCCACUUUGGCCAGCUGCAUACAGAGUGGAUCUAUGUUGUCAAGAUCCAAUCAACAAAACACAAAUCACUCUAUGUAUUCCAGACAAGAGGAAUUUGAUACAAAGAAGGAGCUGGACUAUCAGAGGGGCUGGGCAGCAUCAGAGUGACAGCCGGUACCAUCUCCAGCAGGGGCUGAGUCGCUGGUGUGGAGGACAGAGCCACAGUCCCCGGCUUGCACCCUUCCAUGGGGCCAGCCAAACCCCCAGAAGGAUGGCAGCCGGGGCGUCUGAGCCAGCGCCUGGGCAGCCUGUGAGCACAGGGCGAAGCCUCAGCACUCGAAUGGCCAACGCCACAGGGCUGAGCGCCCCAGAAGUCGCAGCCUCGAUGGGAUUGAUCCUGGCGGCUCUCGUGGAGGCGGCGGCACUGCUGGGCAACGGCGCGCUGCUGGUGGUGGUGCUGCGCACGCCGGGACUGCGCGACGCUCUCUACCUCGUGCACCUGUGCGUCGUGGACCUGCUGGCAGCCGCCUCCAUCAUGCCGCUGGGCCUGCUGGCCGCUCCGCCGCCGGGGCUGGGCCGCGUGCGCCUGGGCCCCGCACCCUGCCGCGCGGCGCGCUUCCUCUCGGCGGCGCUGCUGCCCGCCUGCACGCUCGGCGUGGCGGCGCUCGGCCUGGCGCGCUACCGCCUCAUAGUUCAUCCGCUGCGGCCGGGCGCGCGGCCUCCGCCCACCCUCGUGCUCACGGCCGUGUGGGCGGCGGCCGGGCUGCUGGGCGCGCUCUCUUUGCUCGGGCCGCCGCCCGCACCGCCCCCGGCCCCGGCUCGCUGCUCGGUCCUGGCCGGGGGCCUCGGGCCCUUCCGGCCGCUCUGGGCGCUGCUGGCCUUCGCGCUGCCCGCCCUCCUGCUGCUCGGCGCCUACGGCAGCAUCUUCCUCGUGGCGCGCCGGGCCGCCCUGUGGCCCCCACGGCCCGCACGCGGGUCCCGGCCGCGCUCCGACUCUCUGGACAGUCGCCUGUCCAUCUUGCCGCCCCUCCGGCCUCGCCCGCCCUGGGGCAAAGCAGCCCUGGCUCCGGCGCUGGCCGUGGGCCAGUUCGCAGCCUGCUGGCUGCCUUAUGGCUGUGCGUGCUUGGCGCCUGCUGCCCAGGCCGCAGCGGCCGAGGCGGCCGUCACCUGGAUAGCCUACUCGGCCUUCGCGGCUCACCCCUUCUUGUACGGCCUGCUGCAGCGCCCUGUACGCCGGACGCUGGGCCGCCUUGCCCGCCGAGCGCUGCCGCGGUCCCCGAGAGCCUGCACUUCGCGGGCCUGGCACCCGCGGGCCCUCCUGCAGCGCCUCCAGAGACCUCCAGAGGGCCCUGCCCUUGGCGCUUCGGAGGCACCUGAACAAGGCCGGGACUUGACAGGAAGGGAGAGCCUGAGCAUGUCAGAGGCCACGUGAGAGAUGUCUCCCAGGGGACCACCCUUGGCCUCCCUCCAGCCGGCCACAGACCUCAUCCAGCUUGAAGGCGAUCAUGGAGACUGCGUGGAAGACAGCUGCUGUAGACCCAGUGAUGGUGGUGAUGCGCUCAGGGCAGGAGCCCUCAGAGAUGGUGAUCCGGGCACUGCUCUGCGGGUAUAGGACAAGCGGAGGGCAGCGGGGCUCCUUCUCUGCUUCCUGGCCAGGAAGCUGCCUGCCCCCCACUCACCAGGCCCCAGCCAAGGCUGGAAGUGGCCACCUUCUAGGGGCACUGACUGGUGAUCCUAGAUGGUGGAUUCAGGGACAGGGUGGAGCAUCUCCCCUCCCCUCCAAACCAGGUACCCUGGGCUCCCCUCCCAAACUCCAUCCUCACCUGUUCCCGGAUUCGCUUUACAGUCUCUCCUUUCUGCAGGAGACAAAACAGAGAAUGGCUCUUAGGCCGAGCAGUUGUUGCUUCCUUUCCUAGGCUGAGGUCUCAGGUUGAAGGGGACACACAGAAUAGAACAAGGCACCUACCUUCCCAAUUAUGCUGCCCACCUCCUGCAAACCAGACAAGAGUGAAGUCAGCAGCAUACCCAUACCCCAGGCACUGCCGUUUCCCCCACUGAGGGUGGGGUGGGUUGGGCUCCACAGGAGACAAGGAUACCCAAGAUCAAACUCCCUGCCACAAGCCGGCCAGGUCUUGCCUCACCUUCCCCUUUGCCCCCUCCUAAGCCACAGGGAAGCCCCCUCACCCCUCACACGCCCACCCCGCCUCCCCGCCUCACCUUCCCGUGCAUCAGCAUGCGCAGUGUGAGGGUGAUGCUGAGCUCCGGCUCCUCCUCCAGCCCCGCAUCUGAGCCGCUCAUCCUGUCAGGCGGGGCUGGGGCUGAGGCCGCCUGGGAACGCGUCCACACUGUGGCCUGGCCGGCUCUGCGGGGGCAGUGGGAGAGGGGUUAGAGAGGAGCUCCACUUUCUUUCAGGUCCCCUGCCCUUACGUGGGAAUCCCAAAGCCAAGCUCGACAAACUUCCAGAGCAGGGAGACAGCGUGGACCACAAGUUUCAAGUGUCACACUGACCGGUGUGCUGUGUGCGACUCACCAGCUGUGUAAGCCUGGCCAGCAUCUACAACCCUUCUGAGCCUCAGCUUCCCCAUCUGUACAAAGGGGAUACCAAGCCCAAUCCCCAGAGUUAACGAGAAUUAAAAUGAGUUGGGUGCCAGUG